GCCCGAUCCACACCUUUCCCACACGUUUAUUACCUCUCCGUUCGUGCAAGAUGCUCCGCAAUGGGAGAAAUCAGUGUGGUUUGACAGAUUCAGUCAAGGCUUUCGUAUUCCAGCGCUAACAUUAUGAGAUGGACAGAAGUCUCAGUCUCUUCAGGUCGAGACGUUUCAUGUACUAGGGAGGAGAUUUGAGAUUGCAGUAGAUAAGGUCGCCACCAUCUUGUACCAUGAUUAAGCGAGGAGUUUUUUUAUCUUCGUAAAAGAAACGACUGUGGCGCCUCUUCAUAAAAAGGGCGUUUGAUGUCUGCACAUACUACAAACUAAUAGCAUGUUGGAUCUGCACCAGCUCCAGCCUCCAAAAAUCCUAAGGAUGUCAUUCCAUUCCAUGAAUUAGGACACAUGUAUCUACCUAGAAGCAGUAGUUCUAACAAGAGCUGUUCAGGUUGACGAGGAGAUAAGAGCGGGAAGGGAGGCUGCCUCUGUCAAGUCCGAGUCGCGGACUUCGCGUGGCCGAAGCAGCUCCACUCCCCGGCCAGACCGCAAUAUUAGGACAAAGCAGAUUGAUCUUUUUUUUGAUUUUGAUAACGGAUACUAUAGUAGAUAGUUCAGUCGCUUUUUGGUUCUUCAUCUACGAUAGUUUUUCAAGGUGUCGGACCGAGGCGAGCUUUAGAAAGUUGUCAAGAAAGAGCUCCUUAUAAUCAGAUGAGUGUUGUGGCUGUCACUCGGGCAAGAAACUAGGUAUCUAUUUAGAGGAGCUUUCAUCGAGAAGUGAGAUGAUCAAUAUUGAUUUCAUAAAAUUAAAAUGUUGACUGUUGAGCUCGUCGUCUAAGAAAGAGUACGCCCCGAUGCGGGACAGUAG